AUGUUUGAGCUACCCGACGCGAAGAGAGUCCGGCGAGAAGAACUCGAGGAGUCGUCCGAGGACGAAGCGGCGGGCCACGACGAGCAGCAAGAUGCGGACCUCCUAGCGAAGCUGCAUGCCCGUAUGGCGGGCAUGCUCGACUUGGGCGAUGUCGAACAGGUCCCGACGGGAACGACCGCACCGGUACCCACGGAUGGAGACACUGGGGGAGACUGCGACGGCGGCGAUGACGGCCCCGAAGAGUUUGAGUUUCGGCUCUUUACCACAUCGAACCCGACGACAAAGAUCGCGCUGGUCGACGAGGACGAGCGCGCGCUCGCGGGCGACGGGGCCAUGAUCCGGAAAAGGCCGCUGUCGUACUACAUCGCCGGGGAGCCGACGCCCGAGGCCAGGGCGGAGCUCGCGUUCGCGGCGGUGUCGGGCGAGGAGGUGCUCGAGCGGGCGCGGCAGCGGUGGUGGGGGAUGGAACAGCCUUGGCGGGUGACUGCGGUUCCCAGCACGGCGCCGCCGGCGCCGCCGGCGCCGCCCGCGGAAAAGGGAUCGUCGACGUCGAAAGCGGCAGACGCAGCAGGAACAAAGGAGGAGGCGGACGCGGCGGCGGCGAGAAGGAGGCGGCCCGGGAAGAAGAAGCGCAUCGCGCUGAGGGUCAAGGAGCGGGAGAGGAAGAAGAAGUCUGAGGAGGCAGAGAAGUUCAAAGCGGGCAAGGAGGAGGCACUGAAGGAGAAAAAGAAGAGGUUGAACAGGUUGAAGAAGCUGAGGAAGAGGGCCAAGGCGAAGGAGGGGAAGAAGGGAGAUGGCGGUGAUGACGGUGACGGUGAUGAAUCGGGGUCUGGAUCGGACGGUGAUGAGUGA